AUGGCCGAGGUCGCGGGCCCAAGCCCCUUCCACCCCGGGGAGGCCGAGGUGCAGGAGGCCGUGAGCGGGCGGCACCACGGCGAGAGCAUCGGGCGCCAGUUCAUACGCCCGUACAUGCCCGACCAGCACCGCGAGUUCUUCGCCUCGCAGAGGAUAAUGUACGCGGGGACGGUGGACAAUGAUGGCAGGCCGUGGGCGUCGGCGAUCGUGGGGAAGCCGGGAUUCGUGACAGCGCCCGACGACAAGCACUUGAGGAUCAGCCCGAUUCGGCCCUACGCCGGCGACAGGGGCAAUUUCGGCGCGGGGGGCUUCAUGGGCCUGCUGGGGCUGGACCUGUCCAACCGACGGCGCAACAGGGCCAACGGCGCGAUCAGCGAGGCGCGCGAGGGCGGGAUCCUGCUCAAUGUGGACCAGAGCUUCGGCAACUGCCCGAAGUACAUCACGGUCAGGCGGGUGGUGGUGGACGUGUCCGGGCUAGAGGCGAUGGGGCAGGCCAAGGAGACUACGACGGGGACGGCGCUUGGCCCGGAACAGAUGGCCAUGAUCAGAAAGGCGGACAUCUUUUUCAUCGCGAGCGCGUUCGGUGGUCCGGUGGGGCCAGGGUCUAGGUCCAGCUCGGUGGGCGCAGACGUGUCGCACCGGGGCGGACCCCCCGGCUUCGUGCGCGUCGUGGACGCCUCCACCCUCCGGUGGCCCGACUACGUCGGCAACGGCUUCUUCAACACGCUGGGCAACAUCGCGGCAGACCCGCGGUGCGGGCUGCUGUUCGUGGACUACGCCACCGGCGACGCGCUGCAGGUCAGCGGCAGGGCGACGAUCCUGUUUGAGGAGCGUGACUUGCCGGGGGCGCAGCGCACCGUGGAGUUUCGCGCGGAGGAGUUCAGCCACGUGCGGGGGGCGCUGCCGCUGACGGUGGAGGGCGAGGCGGAGCUGUCGCCGUACAACCCGAGCACGGCUGAGGAAGUGGGGAGCCAGAUGGUGGAGUGUGUCAGCGUCAAGGACGAGGCGCAGGGCGUCAAGACCUUCGAGUUCCGCCUGCCGGAGGGCGAGGGCGGCAAGCCCGCCUCCUACCUGCCCGGCCAGUUCGCCACCUUCGACCUGCGCAUCCCGGACUCCAGCCCCAGGCCCGUCAACCGCACCUGGACCGUCUCCUCCAAUCCCCGCGACUCAAGAGCCACGGGCACCUUCACGAUCACCGUCAAGAAGAUCGGCCUGGCGUCCUCGUGGCUGCACAACCGAAUGGCCCCCGGGAUGUCGAUCGCAUUCAAAGGCUUCGGCGGAGACUUCACGCCGUUGUCUUGCCAGGACUGUGACGUGCGUGCCGCGUCCGUGGUGCUGGUGGCUGGUGGGAUCGGCAUCACUCCGCUGCGCAGCAUGCUGAAAGAGUUCGAGCGCGCCGGCACGGACGUCCACGUGUUGUACUCCACACGCACGUCUGCCGAGGCCGCCUUUUUGGACGAGAUUUCAGAGACGGCGGAGAGGAGCGGGGGGAGGAUACGGCUGACGGCCACCGUGACUGGGGAUGACCCGGGGUGGGGGGGACUAAAGGGGCGCGUGGACGAGGCGUUUCUGAGCAGGCACAUACCGGAUCUGUGCGACCGGGAGGUGUACCUGUGCGGGCCGCAGGGUUUCAUGAACUCCGUCACCGCGGCGCUGGAGCGCAAGGGCUGCGGCGCGGAGGCGGUGCUCACGGAGUCGUUCAAUUUCUGA